CUGCCUCAAGGUAAGAGCAGAUCCUUGCCCCACCCACUGAAAGCUGAGACCAGCUCCUCUUCAGAAGGGACGAUCAGCUCCCAGCUCUAGGGGCAAAGUGAGGUCUAGUAGCUAGAGCAGGGGGCUGGGAACCAGGACUCCUGGGUUCUAUCCUGGCUCUGGAAGGGGAAUAGAGACUAGUGGCUACAGCAGAGAGGCUCGAACCCCAAACUCUGUCACUGCUGCCCCUCCAAUCUCCAAGCUUCUGGUUCCAGCUCUCUACUGGAUAUAAAGAGACAAACCCACAUGGGUGAAAUGCUCUGAGAACUAAGUCAAGCAGAAGUGCCAUGUAAAUACCAAAAAGGGCAGAGCAACCCCCCCCAUACACACCAUGAAGCUCCGCUACAUCAAAGCUUAUGUCUGGCUCUCCUGCGUCUUUGUCGCCAAUGUGAUAGUCUACACUGUAGUGAUGCUCUCAAGGAGGCCACUCGGUCUGCAGGCUUCCGGGAGAUCAGCCUUCGUUGGGGGCCAUCUGAGGCUGUGGCAGCACAGGGACCUCCAUGGCCUUCCCCUCUGGAACUUGUUGAUGCUCUACAUGGACCAGCUGGACAACCCCAUACUGAGGAAUGCCACAGCCCAGUUCAAUCUCACGCUGCCAGGGACGUGUGGAGAGAGCUUCCAUGAAGCCUCCCAGAGGUUGACAGAUUUCUCCUCCUACCCCAGCCACCUCCAGGCUUUUGUCCUCUCCAUGCACUGCAGGGACUACCCACUGCUAGUUGGGCCAGCAGAUGAUGAGGCCUGCCCAAAUGGGACACAACUGCUGGUGGCUGUUAAGUCCCAGUUGGCCAACUUUGACCGACGUCAAGCCAUCCGGCAGACAUGGGGCCGAACUGGGCUGGUCAGGAACGUGACAGUGCAGACGCUCUUCCUGUUGGGCAGGCAAGGCUCAGGGGAUGGGCAUCCGGAUCUGGAGGCACUUCUGGAGCUGGAGAGGCGGAAAAACAGCGAUCUCCUGCUUUGGGACUUCCAGGAUACCUUCUACAAUCUCAGCCUAAAGGACAUCCUGUUCCUAGGGUGGUUGCAGGGCCACUGCCCCAGCGUGGAGUUGAUCUUCCUUGGGGGGGAUGAUGUCUUUCUUAGGGUGGACACCCUGGUGGCUUACGCUGGGAGCCUUGACGCUGUCACUCGCCGGGGCCUCUUUGCUGGCCAUGUCAUCCAGAAUGCUGUCCCAGUCCAUGACUGCAAACACAAGUACUAUAUCCCUGAGUCCUUCUAUCAGGGCACCUACCCACCCUAUGUGGGGGGUGGAGGGAUCCUUUGCUCACGGGAUGUGGCUGCCCGGCUCUACGAGGCUUCGUGCCACUUGCCCCUCUUCCCUAUCAACAACAUCUACCUGGGGAUCUGCCUGAGAGAGCUGGCACUGGUGCCACAGAACCACCCUGGUUUUUGGACCUUCAGCAUGAAGGCUGAGGGACAGGAGGACUUUUGUGCUUACAAGGAACUCAUCCUGGUGGAUCACAGGACACCCCAGGAUAUCAUCCGGCUGUGGCGAGGCCUGCAUGACCCUGCUUUGGCCUGCUAGGCCCCAUGGUGGUGGCCAUGUUGAUUGUCUACUUUUCUUUGGUGGCCAUCUGUUUUCUAGCUUUCCUUGGUGGACAUCUUGGCUGACUGGUUGGCCAAUGUUCUUUGGAGACUAUCUUUGCCUCCUGGAGGAUAUUUCCCCUACACCUCCCUCAUGCAGACACCAAGAACUGCUGCUACUCUGGAGGCUCGGCUCUGAAUCCAAGGCUGCCAUCUUAGUCCUUGACAGCUGGCCACAGUGCUGCGGCUUAGCCCAUCGGGGACCACCCCACAGUGCCUCCUGCUGACUAAGCAGAGAUUGAGUUCCUCGUGCAGACCAGAUACAUAGCCAGAGAAGGCUGGGGAUGCUGCUGCUGCCGCCAUGCUUGAGGGAUGAACGGCUCAGUAGGGGGCACUGUCUCCUCACAGUAAGUGCUCCCCCCUAUGCCCAGGGGGUUCUUUGCUGCAGGGAGCAGGAUGGGGGGGCUGUAGGGGGUGCUCUCCUGUCACAGUCAGUGCUGAUCCCAGCAUGGAACUAGGGGCUGUUGUACUUAAGUGGUGCAUAGACUUAGCAGAGGGGUGAAUCAGAGGGAGACAGCUGUCUCAGCUGUAAAAUUUGGAUUUAGACUAUUGAGUUGCAACUAAAAGGGUCAUUUUUAAAUGCAGUUCAUUGGUAACAUGCAGAAAUCCUCUCAUUUUGUUCUUGGUUCCUCCUGUAUUCAGAGAAGCAGGGCUUUGUACAUUUCUUAUAAAUAAAC